AUGAAAGAAUUCUGGACUUCCUUAGCAUCCUUCAUGGGUGUAUUUGCAUUUUGCCAAACCCUUCUCCAAACAAUAAUCCCGCCGGAGCUCCGUUUCCUCUUCGCCAAACUCUUCAGCCGUCUCUUCAACUGGUGUUCAUCCUACUGUUACUACGACAUAACCGAAAUUGACGGCGUCAACACAAACGAACUUUACAACGCCGCCCAACUCUACCUAAGCGCCGCCGCCGCCCAUUCCUCAAUCGGAACCACCCGUCUCACUCUCACACGCGCCGUCAACUCCUCCGCCGUCACCUUCGGUUUAUCCAACAACGACCGAUUAAUCGACAUCUUUAACGGCGUCCCCGUUCUAUGGGAACACGUCGUCACCCACCGUCAGUCCCAGAAUUUCUCAUGGCGGCCGCUUCCGGAUGAGAAACGUGGGUUUUCUCUUAGAAUCCGGAAAAGAGAAACAAUUUUAGAACUUUAUCUUGAUCAUAUUAUGGAAAAGGCGUAUGAAAUUAAACGGAGGAAUCAAGAUCGGUUUCUUUAUACAAAUUCCAGAGGGGGGUCGCUUGAUUCUAGAUCACAUCCAUGGGAAUCGGUUCCUUUUAAACAUCCAAGCACAUUUGAAACAUUAGCUAUGGAUCCUUUAAAGAAGGAGGAAAUCAUGGCGGAUUUAAAAUGUUUUGCUAAAGGACAGUGUUUUUAUCAGAAAACUGGUCGGGCUUGGAAAAGGGGAUAUUUGUUGUACGGUCCGCCGGGGACAGGGAAAUCAAGUAUGAUUGCGGCUAUGGCGAAUUACCUCGGAUAUGAUAUCUAUGACCUCGAACUCACCGAGGUGCAGAACAAUUCUGAGCUAAGGAAGUUGCUGAUGAAGACGAGUUCGAGAUCGAUUAUUGUAAUUGAGGAUAUUGAUUGCUCGAUUACUCUUACUAAUCGGAAGAAGAAUGAGUGUUCCCCGGACUUCAGGGGACCGGCGGUUGUUCACGGUGGUGGUGGUGGUGGAGGCGCCGGCGAUGAAGGAACAAACUCGAUUACAUUAUCAGGGUUGCUAAACUUUACCGACGGUCUUUGGUCGUGUUGUGGGAGUGAGAAGAUAUUUGUAUUCACAACAAAUCAUGUGGAGAAACUCGAUCCAGCAUUGUUAAGAAGUGGAAGAAUGGAUAUGCAUGUCUUCAUGUCUUACUGUUCAUUUCCGGCAUUGAAGAUUCUAUUAAAAAACUACUUGGGAUUCAACGACGGAGAUUUGGAUGAGAAUGUAAUGAAGAAAUUGGAGGAGGUAAUAGUUGCUGCAGAAAUGACUCCAGCGGAUGUGAGUGAAGUUUUGAUUAAAAACCGACUUGAUAGAGAUAGGGCUGUCGAGGAAUUGAUAGGGGCGUUGAAAAUGAAAGUGGUUAGAAAUGGAGAAAAAAGAGCCCAAAAGGUAUUUGAAGAAGAAGAACAAGAAAAGCGAACUUUGGACAGUCCUAAAGAAGGGAUUGAAUUUCAGAAGUUGGAGAAUGUUGAAGACAAUGAUCUUAAAAAAGAAGAAAAGGAUGAUGAUGUUGAAGGGUAAGAUUGUUUGUUUAAUUAUUAUUAAUUUUGUGAGAGGUUAUGAAUUUUAUGAGUAAAAUUGAAGAGAAAUUGAGAAGCUUGUAAUUUUGGGGAUUGGCUAGUUGAUUUGAGAUGCAUAUUUGAUGGAA